CGCAUGCGCAGCUUUACUCUCUCCACAGUUCGGGAAGGGAAGAGAUGAUUCCGGCCCUGACCAGCCGGGAAGUGAGUAGGAAUUUAGUGGAUUUCGACACGCCUUCCUUAAUUCUUACUUCAAGAUGAUGCAUUUCCUGUUGCUGUUCAGUCGUCAGGGGAAGUUGCGUCUGCAGAAAUGGUUCCUGCCCCUGCCGGAGAGAGAGAGGAAGAAGAUUGUGAAGGACAUGACCACUAUGGUGCUGGCACGGAAACCACGCACAUGCAACUUCAUGCACUGGAAGGACCUGAAGAUUGUCUAUAAGAGGUAUGCCAGUCUGUAUUUCUGCUGUGGUUUGGAGAAUCAGGAUAAUGAGCUUCUGGCUUUAGAGAUCCUGCACCGUUAUGUGGAGCUACUCGACAAAUACUUUGGCAAUGUGUGUGAGCUGGACAUUAUCUUUAACUUUGAGAAGGCUUAUUUCAUCCUGGAUGAGUUUCUGAUGGGCGGAGAGAUCCAGGAGACGUCUAAACAGUCUAUUGCGAGGUCUGUAGAGGCGUCAGAUAUGCUGCAAGAGACGAUGGAAGAAUACAUGAGCAAACCAGCCUUCUGACAGCAGCCGACGUGACGCGAGGUGACAAAAGGGAAAGAAAAAUGCCUCCGCAGUGUAGGUUGUGUCCUUCACUCAGGACUUUAUUCAUGAGGGCUGCAUAGGAAUGGUUUUUAUUUAUUGUUUUUUUUUUUCAUUGCUGGUAUAAACAUCCUUAUCUAUUCCACUCAAGUUUAAUAUAACUGAAUCAGGGUUCAUGUGGCAUUUUUGAAUUUAAUUAUGUUUUGUCAACUUCUAGAUAAAUGUAAUUUCAAUGAUGAAGCACUUUUAUACCAAAAUGAUUUUAUAUAUAAUAAUCAAAUAUUUGAAAUAACCUUAAAGCUUAGUUAAGUGCCUUUCCAUGUUAUUGAACAUGUUGCAUGUCUCAGGAGACAUUUAGCUCAAGAAGAAAAAAACAACAACAUUUGAUGGAAUAUUAACGCUGCUUUGUGAGCACACUUUGUUGAUAUUGUCUUAUUAAAAUUGUCUUUGUGAUAUGA